CCUGAGUGCCGUGAAAAAGAGAUCUGUGUGGUGAUGAACAAUAAGGCGGUAUGUGUGGCCCAGUCCAAGGCCACCUGGUGGUUGUUCGGUGACCCUCACUACAGCACGUUCGAUGGCCAGCCCUUCUCCUUCAUGGGUACAUGCUCCUACAUUCUGGUGAAUAAGACGGGCAAAGAUCCCGCCCUGCUUCAGUUCAGCAUCCAGACCAAGAAUGAACUGCGAGUCAACUCCAAAGGCUCCUUCCUCAAAUCAGCCAACAUAGACCUGAGUGGUCACAGGAUCACCAUUCUCACUGGCCAAAGAGGGACAGUGGAGAUUGAUUAGGUCUGACCUCCCUGUAAGUUUGGAGUCUGGCAACAUCCAAAUCUGUCUGGUAUCCAAGGGACCAUCUGUUCCAAAGUCUUUGUGGAGGGCUGCCAGUGCAACAAGGGUUACGUGCUCAGUGUUGAACACUGUCGUCAAGGAGUCAGGGUGUGGCUGAAUGAAAAACUCCUUAACAAAUAUGGAAAACCUGUACAUAUCAAGUUUGGAGGCAAGAGCAUUUUAAUUUUCAAAUAAAAUCUCUUGGCUCCAAAAUAUCCUUUAAAAACCUUCCUUUCGUGUCCAGGUUGUAGGCUAGAGCAUUUCGACAUAAAAUCGUAAAAGUACCUUAAAAUUACCUUCUGUAUGUGAUAACAUAUUCUGAACUAUAUAAUGUUGUGAGGGAUUAUGAGUAUUCAUGCAUGGAAUGGUUAUUGAACUCUGUAUUCAUUAUAAUCCAAACAUAAUCCCAGAAUUGUGUAUUACUAAAACUCAGAUCAUCUCUGUAUGCGUGUAUCUCUGUCUAUCCUUUACAACUUUCAAAAGUUUUGAUUUAAUCAGAACUCAAAACCUCACAAGUAAUUAAUUCAAACAAAACUGUUGAGUAUAUUCAUA